AUGACCGAGGGCCUGCAGGUGAACCUUUGCGGCUCUAGCGCCAAGGUGCCCUUGGCACCCGAGGAUGGCCUUGCAGCAUUGAAGAGCCGCGUGGCGGGCGCCUUCAACCUCUCAGCACCGUUUGACCUCAUGGGUCCUGAGGGACGCUUGAAGACCGACGAGGACGCAGCUCAAGCAGCCAUGAAGGAGGGCGAGCUGUGUGUGAGCACCAGCGAGGAGGCCCUGCUGGACCUGGAGCGUGCACGGGAAGAAUCGGGUGUCCUCCGCUGGGCCUUGUUGCGGCAGAUCCUCGGGGAGCUUCGAACCCAGCACGCCGAGACGGCGCACAAGCAAGCGGAGGGGAAGCACCAGGCAGUGCUACUGGAACAGCAGCUUUCACGUGAGAGGAGCAUGAGAGAGGCGGUGCAGGGUGCCUUGAAGAACGAAUUGGUUGAGCUGAAAGAUGCCAUGGCCUUGGAAGUCCACAAGCUCCGCCAGGAGUCCCAGAAGGGCUUGGAGGAGACAAUGGCCACACUUCAGCAGCAAGUGCGGCUCCUGGCUGAGAAGCAGUCCGAGGCUUUGGAAGCCAAGGACGCAGCUUUGAAAGAGUCUUUGCAAGUGGAGGCUGCAGGCAGGCAGCGCGAGGCAGAUGAGAAUCUGCGGAAAUUUCAGGAGCUUCGUCAGCUGAUCCAUGAGGAGUCGAACCUCCGCAGCAGUGCCCUGGAGCGCCAAGCAGCACAGCUGGCGCAGCUGGAGCAGCGCCUCACCUCCGAGACCAGCGCCCGGAAGGAUCUGCAGGCACAACAUGAGGCGGUCUUCGCGAAGAUGGGGCAGGAGAUCCAACAGUUGGAGUCGAAAAUGGCCACCUUCGUACCUUCCAUGCAAAGUUCCCUGGCCGACGCCAAUGCCAAAAUUGAGGCCGAGCAGGCCGCCCGAGCCGCAGGCGUUGAACGGCUCCAGUCGGCCGUGGACUCCUUGAACCAAGAGAUCAAGGCGCUGCCAGUGUUACAGGAGCGGCUCUCACAGGUGGAAGCAUCCUUCACCGCGCAGCUGUCGGAGGCCACGGAGGCCUCCAUGGCGCGAGAUCAAAAGCUGGAGGACCGGAGCUUACUUUGCAGCUGGAAGAGGAGACCACCGACCGGAAACAAAGCGAGCAGCGAGCCGCCGGCAUGCUCAGCAGCAUCCAGGUGGCCAUGGGUCGCGAGCAGCGCGCUCGGGAGGCGGCGUACAACGAGGCGAACCGCGUGCUGGGUGUUCUGGAGACGCGUUUGGAGGGCAACGAGAAGAGCUUGCAGGACUUGA